GUCAUUAAACGCUGCGCAAACUCCCACGGAAGAGUUAAAAGCGAAGUUGCGCUCGCUUCUCCUCCCAGCCAGCCAGCCAGCCAGCCAAAGGCGUAUAAAACCCAAAAUUAGGAACACGACCCAACUAUCUUCACGAUGGCAGAUGCAGGGAGCCCCAUCUCAACUUUCCCCGACAUCGUGGAGCUCAACGUGGGCGGUCAGGUCUACGUGACCAGGCUGGACACGCUCACGGCGGUGCCCGACUCCUUGCUUUGGGCCAAGUUCAGCCAAAGUUCCCCGAAAGAUCUCCCCAAAGACGGCAAAGGGCGCUUCUUUUUUGACCGAGAUGGUUUUUUAUUCCGCUACAUUCUGGACUACUUGCGGGACUCGGAGCUCUUCCUGCCCGAGUUCUUCAAGGAGAAGAGGCGCCUGCAGAAGGAGGCAGACUUCUUCCAGCUGCCGGAGCUGUCAAGGCGCCUGGCCGCCCCCAGCUCCCCCACGGAGGACGGCGGCGAGCCGGAGGAGGCUGAGCUCCCCAGCCCGAUCACCGGCUCCUCGUCGUCGGACAGAACCCUGCGCUCCCCGGGCUCCAGCUCCAUGUCCAGCUGCAGCUCGGGCUACAUCACGGUGGGCUACCGGGGCAGCUACACCAUCGGCAGAGACAUCCAGGCGGACGCCAAAUUCCGCAGAGUGGCCCGCAUCACCGUUUGCAGCAAGAUCUGCCUGGCCAAAGAAGUGUUCGGGGACACGCUGAACGAGAGCCGCGACCCGGACCGAACCCCGGACAAGUACACCUCCAGGUACUACCUGAAGUACAACUUCUUGGAGCAAGCGUUCGAUCGGCUGGCCGAGGCUGGCUUCCACAUGGUGGCUUGCAACUCCACGGGGACCUGCUCGUACGCCAGCAGCGACCCGGGGGAGGACAAAGUGUGGACGAGCUACACCGAGUACGUUUUCAGUCGGUGAACUUUGAUGGCGGAUGACUUUUUUUUUUUUUCUUCCUGCAGCUUUUCUUCUCGUUGAUGUUUUUUUGUGGUGUACACUUUGUCCACCACGUUUGGAUUGAUUGUGUACUGCCGAUGAGGUGUCACCAAGCAUUUGAGAACUUUUUUUCCUGCUACUUCUUGGGGAGUGAGAAAUGCAAAGGGCUCCAAGUUUGAAAUAUUUGCUCAUAUAUACAUUUAGCUAUGAUAUUGAGAUAUUUAUCCACAUGCAACACUUAAUAUAGAUACAUAACUCAAUUGUUUCUUCCCAUUGCUGGUAGUUGUUUUUAGAAGAGGUCCACAUGUGUGGUCCUUGGGGGGGGGGGGGGCAUCCCACUGGCACCAUGUUGGUGACCCCCACUACAGAGCAAGGACAGGAUGUGAAUCAUGAGAUGUAAAUGUGAGGUUUGGGGUUUCCAUUUAACAGAUCGAAUACCGUAAUUUUCCGACUAUAAGUCGCAGUUUUUUUUUAUAGUUUGGGUGGGGGGGGGGCGACUUAUACUCAGGAGCGACUUAUAUACAUAUAUAUGUUUUUUUUUUCACUUUUCUGGGCAUUUUAUGGCUGGUGCGACUUAUACUCCGGUGCGACUUAUAGUCCGAAAAUUACGGUAAUGAUAUCAAAUGGUUUUUUAAUCUUUUGUGUCGCUGAAACCUUCAAAAAAAUCGUAAUCAUCAAACUCAAGACUGCCAGUUGAAUUGUCCGAUUGUGAUUUUACAAUAAAAAGCCGGUGAUAUCUUUCAUCUGUACAUCUGUAAUCAUUUGAAAUAAAAAUGUGACAUGGCUGAA